UCUCAACAGCACCAACGGCACCUCUCCGUCUGCCUCCUACCUGUCCUUCAUCGUCCCCGUAGCACUCUGCCGACCCUGCGACGCCUCCCGACCGGCGGCCACCGCUGCUGCUCCCAGAUCCGCGUGCCCACCCCACGACCGCCGACCUGACCGAUACCACCCGCGCAUCAUGGCCACAAACGGAGCGCAACUGGCCUUUGGGCCGGGCGAGGUGCUUCAGGCCAUGCUGACCAUGCGGGGUGGGGACUCGAGCAAGAAGAUGGAGGCCCACGAAUAUCUCGAGAGCUUCCAGAAGUCGCCGAUAGCAUGGACUACUACCAUCACGAUACUGCAGUCGAAUGCGGAACCAGACGUCAAAUUAUUCGCGGCGACGACCCUGAGAGGAAAGAUAACGUACGAUCUCGCGACCCAAGUGCCUCCGUCCGAAAUCCUAGCCGUACGAACUCAACUGCUUGCUCUCCUCAAGAGUUUCGCACUGGGGCCGAAGCCGAUAAGGGUGCAACUCUGCGUAUGUCUGGCGAUCCUGGCCAUACAGAUGCAGUCGUGGAAGGACGUCCUACCCGUCGUGGUCUCCUCCCUCGGCGGCGACGUCGAAAGCCAUGCCUGCAUCUUAGAUUUCCUCAGAGUCCUGCCGGAAGAGGUGACCGAUGGACGCAAGAUCACCUUGACAGACGAGGAGCUCAGCCAGAGAACCACCGAAUUACUGGGGCAGAACGCUCCAGAGGUGGUGCAACUCUUGAUAAAUUAUGCCCAGUCAUCACCGGCCGCCGCAACGAAUCCCCUGUUGUUCGAGUGCAUUACAUCUUGGCUGCGCGAGAUUCCCAUCAAUGAUAUCGUUAAAUCACCGCUGCUAGGCGUCGUGUUUAGCGCGUUGGGGAGCGAUUCAUCUUUCCAAGCAGCCGCCGAAUGCAUUUCGACCAUGGUCAAAGAAACUAGGGAAAUUGACGACAAUAUCGAGACCAUUCAGAUACUCCUCCCGAUGAUCAUCGCUCUGCGCCCGAAGAUCCAGAAGAUGGUCGAGGAGGGAGAUACCGAAUCCUACAAGUCGCUCACCAAACUCUUCGCCGAUGCCGGGGCUUCCUGGGCCGUCGCCAUUGCUCGCGAGCCAAUCCAUUUUCGACCCCUGGUAGAAGCAAUCCUCGACUGUGCCGCCCAGGAUAAAGAAAGAGAAGUUAUCGAGUACACUUUUGAUUUCUGGUACGAUCUCAAGCAAUAUCUUGUCCUUGAAAAAUACAUCCAAGCACGCUUGGAACUCGUAGAUGUCUACGCGAAGCUUGUCGACAUUCUCUUAAAGCAGCUCGAGUAUCCAGAGCCGGAAUCCGGGGAUGAGAAGGAUCUCUUCGAUGGGGAUCGAGAGGCCGAGGAAAAGUUCCGCGAGUUCCGACACCUCAUGGGCGACACGCUGAAGGACUGCUGCGAAAUCAUGGGGGUUUCCGAAUGUCUCUCCAAAGUUCUCGACGGCAUCAAGCUCUGGAUGCAAAAGUACGCGAGUAUGGCUAAUGACACCUUGGUCCCCCACUGGCAACAGUUAGAGGCGCCGCUGUUCGCCAUGCGAGCAAUGGGCCGUAUGGUAGAAAGGGAUGAGAAUUCGAUUCUGCCACAGCUCAUGCCGCUUCUAGUCCAGAUGCCGGCCCAGGAGAAGUUGCGCUUCGCGACGAUCAUGGUGCUAGGAAGAUACACGGAGUGGACUGCUUUCCAUCCGGAGUUCCUCAGUCCCCAGUUCAAUUACAUCGUGUCGUCCUUCGAAACCGACUCGAAAGAGAUCGUCCGGGCAGCUGCGAUGGCCGUCAAGUAUUUCUGCACGGAUUGCAAACACCUCCUGAGUGAGCAGGUCGUCCAGCUACAGCAAUUCUACGACCAGAUCUUAGAUAAGCUUCCGGAGCUCAGCCAAGAGGAAAUCACCGAAGGAGUGGCCAACGUCGUAUCGGUACAGCCGACGAGCGAGAUAUACAGACUGCUCAAGGUUUUCUGCGACCCUCUAGUCCGGAGAUUGAUGGCAAAGGCAAACAAUGCGACAGACAACGACGGGAAGCUAGCAGUUGCUGAUCAUUUGCAACUGAUCACGAUCUUCGUCCAGAGCGUCGUGAUUCUCCCGCCUGUGGAGCCCAGUCACGGAGACCCGGCUGUCAAGUACUGGCAGGAGGUGUUUCCUAUACUAUCCAAGGUCCUAGAGAGCUUCCUUGACUUCCCUCCUAUCUGCGAGAGGGUCUGCCGGUGCUGGAGAUUCAUGGUUAUCUCCCAUAGAGGUGCCAUGGCGCCAAUUCUCCCGGACAUGGCAAACCAGCUCGCGAGUGGGUUUACCGCAUCAAAACAAGGCUGUUUCCUGUGGGUCACCGGCGCCAUCCUGCGGGAAUUCUCCGACGAUCGAGAGCACGUGGACCGGGCCAUGACCGAGCACAUUUACGUAUUCUUCGAGGCGCAAACGACAAAUGUCCUCCGGUUCCUUAGCGAGCUAUCGCCACAUGAGCUUCCCGACGUUACCGAAGACUUCUUCCGCUUGGCCGUCGACGGACUCUUGUACUACCCCCAGAAAUUCGUGCCCUCGUCUCUAUUCCCUCCCGUGUUCGAAGCCGCUCUCUCCGUCCUCGUCCUAGAGCAGCGUGAGCCCUUGUCCGCCACUCUGCAUUAUCUCCGCGACGUCCUUGGAUGGGCCACCGAAUACUCGGCAUCGUCGUACGAGCACCUUUCGGCGUCAGUUGCCGAGCAGCUAAGAAACCUCGUCAAGCAGCUUAUCCUGGCGCAGGGGGAGGUAUUGGUCAAGCGUCUGCUUGCUGGCAUGAUGAUAACCUUCCCGAAGGACUGCUUCGCCGAUGCGAGCGGUGCGCUUCUCUCGCUGUUCAAGACGUUCCCGGAUCAAUCGACAGUAUGGGUCGACCGCACGCUCCGAUUGCUACCCGAAGGCACUAUUACGCCGACGGAAGUUGAUCGUCUCAUGGUAAAGAUCAAGGAGAAACUUGGCACUAACGACACCGGCGAUGUUCGGCAGAUACGCUCGAUCUUGCAGGACUUUACGAACACAUACCGAAGGAGGCACGUUGCGCCCCGGGACGGCUUGGGUGCAUUAGAAGGAUCCCGGUUCCGAUUCGUCGGUUAGUCGCCGCGUUGAACGUGUUUCCUAUCGCCUCGUUCGGAUUUCAGCGAGGAGGGGGAGCUCGAUAACAAGGUAUUUUUAAGAUGACGAGCAGGAUCUGUCCUAGCAGUUGUGGUUAGCUGUGGUGUAUCCAUUGGCACUCAGAUUGGUUCCCACGGUUACGACUUCUCCGCAGCAUGUUGAGAUAUAAUAAAGCUAAGUUAGCCGAGUGUGUGGUGGCGUGGGCUGGUGGUGAAAAUGGGACGAAAAAUGAUGAUACCUACGU